ACAUUUUUGUCUUUCUGAAACCACAAACUUAACCAGCUUCCUCUGCUGUUGCCAUUAGCAAUGUGCAUGUGUCUGUGAAGCAAUACAGACCGUUGAGUGAUGAUGGUUACUGCACAUACACAACUGCUGUUAAGUCUCUGAGCAGCUCCUUUUGCUACACUCUUCAUUUGCUCUUGCAGCUGCAGGAAGUUGAGCAACUCAGCCCACAAGUGUGCCACAGAAAUACACCCAGAACAAGAUAAGGACCAGAGAGUACCUAGACCAUUACUAGCUCUUUUUGGAUCCAGAGAGCGAGUGUCAGAAGUGUCAGAAGAGCAUCAGAGUCAAGCUGAAGUUGGCAGGUCUCUUCCUCCUCCCUGGAUUACAAACAGAUUUAUACCAGCUUGUAUAAUGACAGUAUGAAAAUACAGCCUGUCAUUACAAGCAAAAAGAAAUAAACAUUUUUAAACAAGUUGCUGAAAAUGUUAGCAACCAGCCUUCGGUUCCUACUGUAAUGAAUACACGGUGUGGCACUCAGCGUCAUUUAAAAGCAUGAGUUUGCAUAGUGGAACUUUUGUACGUCAGUUUUCUGAAUCAGACACUGCUAGCAGCCCAACCGAAGGUGCAGAAUCACCCAAUGGAACAGAAGCACAAAGUCAUAGCCAGUCAUCUGUAAAGCCUUUUGGCUCUGCAGCUGCUAAAUUCAAAAUCCGCUCUGCUAAAUCACUCACUACCAAGGACCUCAGGACAAAAAGCUUUGUUUUCGAGGGUGGAAAAGUUGAAGACUCAAGCCAGAAAAGUGAUCCUAGUGAGGACCUCAACAAAGCCAGUAUUUCUUCUGCUAGUUAUACCCACACUAACACUGAUGACAAAGAGACUGGAAAAACUUUAAGUAAGGAUACACGCAAGGACUCAACCCUUCCUAUCGUUUCUGAAAAGGGUGAUGUGAGCGCUACGAAGUUAAACACUCAGGAAGACAAGAGUCCGGCAGCAAGUGGCAAGAGCAGAGGAGAUGAGUUGAGGAGAUUUUAUCAGACAAACAAAAGCAAAAGCUUAGACUGGAGAGCAGGAUGUGGCAGCAGAACUGGGAUGACUAGUGGGACCAGAGAUAGUUUAGAGAGAACGGUGACUUCACACAAGCAAGAGAAUCAACCAAGUAGUGUUUCAUGGAGGAUUCAGACUUACAGUGCAGCCAAUCAAGGCAGUCAGACUGUUGACAGAAAGGCUCACCAAAUCUCUGGAUCUACUUCUGUGAGGAUGAACCGGGUAAAUUUUGCUCUGGAUCGGACAAACAGUGGCCAGUCGCUCCCAUCCAGAUUGAAGCCAAGACUGAGCCAAGGUUCUGUUGGAGAAGGUAGCGGUCUCUGGGCACAGCAACAAGGUGAAGCAAAUCUUGACCAGACUGACAGCAAAAUAGGAUCCAGGGCCAAAGAGCAAGGGUCUUCUAAUGCUGAGGAAUUAACUGGAAAUCAAACAAUAACGGAAAGAAUUGCAAAACUGUUUGGGGGAGAUGCCAACUCUGAUGGACACGCGAAGGAUUCAGUCAGACUAAAACGCAGCAAUACUGUAAGUUCUGAUCAAUCAAACACGGUGGACUCUACUCCAAAUCACAGAAAAUACACUACCGACUAUGUGUUUGGAGGUACUUCAGAUAGUACUGACAGCCAACAGGGGAAACCUGCUUACAAUAUAGAAAAAGCUGGAACAUUCCCUAGAGGGUUUUCAAAACCUUACUUUGGUCCGAAGCAAGAACCCUCCACCGACAUGGAGAAUAGAAAUGAUCAAAGGAACAAUUCCUCUGGAUUACAUUUUUCAGUGUCAACAAAGCCUAAAUGGAGUACAGAAACAUCUUCUGUCAAAACAGCUCAGUCACUUCUGCCUGAAGACAAUGAAGAGACAAGCAAAGCAGGGCUUACAGGGUCUCCAAAGUAUUGUAGCCAGUCCUUAGAAAGGACCAGGAGUAGACUGGCAGCAACUAGGAACCAGUCUGCAAGUUCAGACAGUAAUUCAAGCAUCUCUAGCGAGGGUGUCAAACACUUGUUUACCACUUAUGGAGGAAUCAAGGAGGAAAUUGGAACAGAUAAACAAUCAGAUAAAAAGACUACAAAAAGACCGGACAUCGAAAACAAGUAUGUUGGUGGUUUGCAAGAUGGCACCACCCAGCCCAAAUACCCACUAGCAGCACACAAUGAAAUCCAUAAAGAGGAAGAGAAAGAUAAUGUCUUCACAGGUAAAACUGAAGGAAGGAGAGGAGAAGGUGUGCUAGAAAAGGCACGAUUGCCGUCCUUAGAAUCUGUGAAGAAUACAAUCAGCAUGUUUGAAUCUUUGGCUCGACAAAGCAAAAGCACACCGGAGAUUCUUCGCAUGAGGAGGGUCUUAUCUGUACCAGAGCACCCCAAGCCCCCGGCUCUACUGAAGAAGAGUGAUUCUGAUAAAAGUCUACAUUUUCGAAGUGUUCUAUGGGACACGGAAAGCCUAAGAACAAAUUUCUUUAGCAAAAGUGAUUCUAAUGAGGAGAGUGAGACUCCUCAUUCAAAUUCCAUAGUCAAAGUAAGACCAACAUUAGAGCAACAUCAGGAGACGUACAAAAAGAGUGUUGAGCCUGCUCCAGCACUAAAACAAAUGAAAGAAUCAAGAACUGACCAAGUUAUCAGCAAGAGAGAUGAAGAUGAAAGGAGGACUGUGAAUAAAAAACACAUGGAUGAACCAGAUUCUACCAUCACUUCCAACUCAGAGUUUAGAAACAUAGGGGAAAUGGAAGAAAAACCGCUUCCCAUCCCAUCAGUCUCUCAACAGUCAAAUGUCAAAAGUUUAUUAAAGCAGAAGUCAAUUAAUGUAAAAAUAUUUGAUGAUGAUGAUGGUGAUGGUGAUGAUGAUGUUGAUAAUGAAAACACACCAACUAACUCACCUGAUAGAGCCCCUCUCACAGUUAACAUUGAAAACCAGAGUAGCCCCGGAACCGUAACAGUCAAUGGUACCUAUCCCAAAGUGCCGCCUAAUAAUGUUCAAAGUUCUUCUCCUAUAAAGACAACAUAUUCCUCACUCAAUAAUUCUAAUAAUAACAACUAUGAAAUAACAAGCAAGGAUUUGACCACAGUGACACCUAGCAUGGCUAGGUGGAGCUCUGAUGAAGAAGAAUAUGAUGAUGAUGAUGAAGAAACAGACACAGAAGAAGACUCUGACUCAGGAGAGUCAUCUGUGACCAUCACAAGCAACAUGAGCCAAUCAGAUCGCAAAAGUUUCUCUCUGAGUCUUACAGAACUAUGCAGUUAUGGUGGGGUGGACUACAAAUCAUCAGAUGGAUGGUUGUCAGAGGAUGAUGAAGAAUUGCCAUCCAGACGCACUGCGUCCUUGAGCUCAGACAUCUCAGCCUUCUCUUCUGUGACUCUGCUGAGCACUGAUGAACUGGAUCGUUUACUGGAUGACGUCAGGGGUUUGGGAGAUGAAACUCUGCAGAAAUAUGAAGAUGUGCAAGUGGUUGUGUUACACAAGGAAGUGGGGAGUGGCUUAGGAUUUACCUUGGCAGGUGGAGUGGAUCAGAAUAAACCGGUCACGGUCCACCGAGUGAUACCAGGUGGAGUAGCAGCACAGGAAGGCUCUAUCUUUGAGGGAGCUCAGGUGCUGUCAAUCAAUGGCUCUGCCCUGCAGAACUCCGCCCAUUGGGAGGCUCUGCGUAUAUUGAGGAAAGCAAGAGGGCAGGGCAUGGCCGUCGUUGUCCUUCAGAGCGGGAACAGCAGAAAGGAAGCCAAUGAAAGAACAGGAAUCACUGGCAGCAAAGUCCGUGUGAUUCUGAACAAGUCCAGCUCUGAUCUUGGCUUCAGUUUGGAAGGGGGAGUGGGAUCCAGCUCAGGAGACAAACCCCUCACUGUACAAAAAAUAUUCCGUGGUGGACCAGCCAAUGAAGUGUUUCCUGGAGAUGAGUUGUUAGAGGUGCAAGGUCAGAGUUUGGUGGGCAUGAUGCGUCUUGAGGCUUGGAACCUCAUAAAGAAACUGCCCUCUGGUCCAGUGGAGGUCUUACUACACCGUCCUCAUCAGCCACGUUGAAGACCUUUACUUUCCAUCUUGCACUUCACUUCAAUUUAAACACUGUUUUUUUUUAUAAGGAUUUUGCUGUUACAGGUUCUGUGAAGUUGUAUUCUUGCAAAUGUUAAGUUCUGCAUUAACGAAAUAUCAUGCAUCAUAGUGUUUUGAAUUUUUUGUUUUUAUUAUUAUUUGUUUUUUUUGUUUUUUUACUGAUGAUAGAUAACUACUGUAUGAAGUAAUACUGCCAAAAUUAAGGGCAUAAAAGCACUGGAGGCCAGGAGGUCAUUUUUUAUCAUUUAUUUUUAAUAAUGGUUAAGCUCUCACAUUAUGUAACUAUUAAUGUAAUAACUGCACAACCAGUCGUUAUAAGGAGCCAUUAUAUAUUUUUAUUUUUAUGAUACUAUGUAUAUGUGUAUAUGUUGUCUGUACAGCACAAAUCCGUCCCAAUUAAAUUUUUUCAUAUUA